AUGCAGCUUGUGCUGUGGUUGCCAUGGUUCGCAUGGCUUGCUACAGCAGCCAAGGUGUACAGAUGCAAAUGGCCACGCUCAGUUUUAAGCUCUGGUGAUCCCAAUUUGACUGUGACAGUGGAUGGAUCUGAAGUGAAGUGCGAUCGGACUGGAGAUGCAAAUUACAUUUGUCCAGCCGCCUGUGACUACGUGAACAGCAAUCCAGACGCUUGCUUUGGGCCCAUCGAAGAUGGAGGUGAAUGCAACACCGUUUGGGAAAGGAAUAGCCAGUCCUUCUACACGCUAGAGAGUAUCAACAGCACCUACGCUUGCACCAGGCGCUGGAAUAGUGAUUGUUCUCAAGACAUGGGAGGCACAGCCUGUCACCAACUGGGCCAGUGCUAUGGGAGCUACCAGAUGGUCACUUUCGAUCAGCCGACCUUUCUGGCGAAGUAUGGCUACGAGCCGAGCUUCCUGCAGCAGCCGUGGGAAAUUCUGGAGCCUCCGUCUUGUGCUGGCCACACAGCUGCGGAGUGCUGCAUGUUAAACAUCAACUACUACCGCUGUCUACAUGGAGCACCUCCCUUGAUCUAUCACGCAGGGAUUGCAGCCAGCGCACAGGAGUGGGCCAGCAAGAAGGACAAGGGCAGCAUUCAUUCCAACUGGGGUGGCAGCUUCUUUCCUCACUACACUGAAGUGAUUACUUGGGGCACAGACACCUGCGUACGCGGUGCCAAAGCAUGGUAUGCCGAGAUAGGCGUCCACAACUUCAGUAUCAAUGCGGUUCAAAAUGCUGGCGGCUCUUACAAUUCUGGCCACAUGGUGCUCCUUUUGUGGCACAACCACACCAUGCUUGGCUGUGGAUUUGAUUCGACUGGAGAUGCCCCCAUUGUGGUGUGUGACUUUGCGUGGGCUCAUCAGGGACACAAAGGUGAUGAUGCCUGGGAAGCCAACCUCAAGCCAAGAAGUGGAGCAACUCAAUCAGAAUGCCGACAAGUCGCAGAGGCUUCGUUGAGCUUCCCCAUCCUGAAUUCUGGGGAUGACAUCACUGCGGAGCAAGUGGCUGCUUUGAGGGCAGGUCAGAUACCCAACGUCACCAGCACCACCACGACCAAUGAGAUCUCGACCAGCACUUCCACAUCCAGUGAGAUCUCGACCAGCACUUCCACAUCCAGUGAGAGCUCGACCAGCACUACCGCAACCAGUGAGAGCUCGACUGGUGGGGGCUUGAUCACUACGACAACCAGUGAGAGUUUGACCAGCGGGGUCGUGAGCACCACUCACAAUGGCAGCUCGUCCACUGGGGACACAAGCACGACCCAAACGGAUAUGCGCACAAGUUUGAGAUCCGGCGACAAUUUGUCUUGGUCCACGAGCACCACUGACAUAAAUGAAAAGGCAAAGAGCCAGAGUCUGCGGACAAGUGCCCUGUGGUUACUGUGCAUCAGUCCGUUUCUGCAAUAG